CACGCGCCUCUUCGCACUAGGACGAGCCAAUCAAGAGCUCGGCGUAUUUUACGAAUUGGGGAAGUAGCAGCCCCAGAAGCUCAGAAAUUUGGGGAGAAAUCGAAGAAAGUGGAAGCGACCGUGAAGGGUUUCCGGGACGGUGCGGCACAGGGAUCCUGCAGGAAAUGAGGCCUGCGGGAGCUCAGAGGGAGAUGAGCACCGCCAUGACCACCAUCCAGGCCACAAAGGAUCCCCUCCUCCGGGGUGUAUCCCCUACCCCCAGCAAGAUCCCAGUACGCUGUCAGAGACGCCCGCCUUUCCCCACAGUCAAAUCGAGCACCCAGGACCAGGAGAACCAAGAUCCAAGGAGUUUGGUGCAGAAGCCUCCUCUCAGUAUUCAGCAUACCCUUGUUGACUCAGCAGGCGGCAGGUCCAAAGCCAUACACCAAACAGAGAAAUCACAAAAGUUGAUGGCAAUCACUCAGCUCCGGAACCCCCUGGAGGAGCUCAGGCCUAGCCAUGUGGGACAAAAUGUGGGACUUCGUCCCCCUCCCCAGACAGAAGCUCCAGGGGCUAUAGAGUUUGUGGCUGACCCUGCAGCCCUGGCCACCAUCCUGUCAGGUGAGGGGGUGAAGAGCUAUCCAAUGGGGCGCCAGUCCAGCCUGGCUCAGAGAGUACUGGUUCGAGGGAACCAGGGAGGUACCGUCCGGAGGGGCCAGGGUGCUUGGGCCUCUGUGUAUGUGGCCCCCAGAACCCCCAUCCACCAACUAGGCCCUGCCAGGGCUUCCUGCUUCUCAAGGCUGGAGGGAUCGGGACCCCGAGGUCAGACUUUCUGUCCCCAGAUGAGGCUCGAGGCGCAGGUAAGUGCACUGGAGGGGCUGAUGUUCUGUGCUUCUGGGAGCUUCCUUCCAGGGACAGUGCUGGGACCUGGGAGCCAAGGGGUCCUACUCGGGGGAUGGAGUUGGUGGCAAAGCCCGAAGGUUUGGGGCCCACCUUUGACUCUGCUUUUCUCACUUGCUCCUAUGGAUCAGGUUCCAUCUUCAAGAUCUUCCUUUCACCCCUCCACCCGCCCUAGUUUACAGGACCUCAGAAGAGAGAUAGGUGGCAGCAACCGGACUUCAGUGAGCCAGGCCUCAGGAUUGCACCUGGAAACCCCUGUGCAGCCUGCUUCUCUCCUUGAAGAACAUGAAAGUGUCCCUCAUUCAGAUGAAGGAGGAGGGGCCCUCCUAGGUCUGGCCCAGCGAGUACCUGUAAGAGAAACCAGAGAGAGAAUACACACUGGGGAUGCCCAGGACUCCCACCUGAUGCCCUCCCCUGCCCCUGAGGCCCAGCGCGUGCGUGGCCGCGUGGUACCACCUUCUGUCACUCACCCAUCGCCCUUUGGACGGGCUCAGCGUGUACACUCCCCUGGCUUCCCUGCUCUGACUUCAUAUUCAUUGUUGCGGCGUCUCGGCAUUCAACCCAAAACCCAGUUUACUCCAUCCACCCCCAGAGUUCAGCAGGCUCAGUGGUUGAGUGGCCUCACCCCUCAGUCCUGCACUGAAGAGCCUGCUCUGCCUUGGGAGCAGAUUGCCGUACGGUUGUUUGACCAGGACAGUGGUGUACGGUUGCAGGAGCAGCCUGGGAAACCAGCUGUGGCAAGUCCUGGAUCUCACCCCUACAGAACCUUCAACUUCCAGGAGCUAAAAAUGCAGCGCAUCAGUAUCCUGCAGCAGUUACUGCGCCAGGAGGUGGAAGGGCUGGCAGUGGGCAAGUAUGCCCCACCUAAUGGAGACUCCUCUCUGGAUAUGGUUGAAUUUCAUCCCCUGCUGGCUGAAAUUUCUAGGACUCUAAAAGCCCCAGGGCAUAAUUCUGGGACUUCCUAUCUUCCAGGACUGUCACAACACCCUGAGCUGCCAGAGCCCUGCCCUCCGGAGGAGUGUGAGGAACCACCGCCCUGCUUUGGGGCAGAGCCAGAGGUGACACAACCCUGCCCACCAGCAGAGACAGGGCCUCCAGAGUCCUGCUCUAAGGCCAGGCCAGGGAUACCGGCGCCCUCCUCCCGGGAGCAGCCUGAGGUAGCAGAGCCCUGCCCACCAGCAGAGUCUGGACUCCUUCAACCUAGGCCCCAGGGACAGACUGCAUCCAAAAAGGCCUGUCCUAGGAUAGAGUUGCGGGCAUCAGAGGCCCACUCCCUGGAACCAAAAAGCCUAGAGUCCAGCCCAUGGCGCUGCUGCAGUCAGGGGGCUCCAGCAACCACCAGCCCACCUAUCUGCUCACUUCAGUCUCCGAGGCCCCCAACAGGCCAAGCAGGUCCCGGCCAGCUGGCCCCUCGAACCCUGGCCCUGAGGCAGCGCCUCAAAGCAUGUCUCACUGCUAUCCACUGCUCCCAUGAGGCUCGUCUGGAUGACGAGUGUGCCUUUUACACCAGCCGAGUCCCUCCUCCAGGGCCCACCCGGGUCUGCACCAACCCUGUGGCCACAGUGCUUGAAUGGCAAGAUGCCCUGUGUUUCAUUCCAGUUGGUUCUGCGGCACCUCAGAGCUCUCCAUACUGAGGCUCCCACCUCAACCCUCUCCACCUUACCCUUUCCCAUUAUCCCUUAUUUAUUGUUGGUCUGCCCAUGGGACUGGGGGCCAACACUCUUUUAUCUUUUAAUAAAGUUUCUACAGUGUCUGAAUA